AUGUCGCCUAACGAAGGUGCCACAUUGCUUCCAAUAAUUGACCUCGAUUUAUAUUUAAAUUUAAGAGAUGACUCAACUCAUCCUUUAUUAAUUAAAGAAUGUCAAAAAGCUGUUAACGCAUUAAAAGAAUAUGGAUUAUUAAUAGUAAAAGACUCCAGAGUUACUGAAGAAGAUAAUUAUCAAUUUUUAAAUUUAAUGGAAGAUUAUUAUGCACAACCUACAGAAAUCAAAUUAAAAGAUGCGAGACCAGAAAUUGGAUAUAAUGUAGGAAUUACUCCGGAAUAUAUCGAAACACCUAGAUGCCAGAGAGAUCCUAAAUGUGAAUCAAUAAUUACUAAUAUGCCAGAAGAAAUUCGACCCAAGAUAUCUACCGGACCAGAUUCAAAAUGGAGAUACUUUUGGCCUAUAGGAUCAACACCUAAAGAAACCAAAUUUCCCAAAUUUUAUAAUGGACCAAUUAUUCCCGAAAAAUUUGAAAAUGUUUGGGAAGAAGUAAUGAAUAAAUGGGGGAAUCAAAUGCAUCAAGCUAUUAAAGGUAUAGCGGAAAUGAUUGCAAUAGGAUUUGGAUUACCUAGAAAUACUUUAACAGAUCUUACUCAAGAUGGACCACAUAUUUUAGCACCUACCGGGAGUGACUUAAAUAUUUAUGGAAAACUUAAUACAAUUUUAGCGGGAUUUCAUUAUGAUUUAGAUUUUUUAACUAUUCAUGGUAAAAGUAGAUAUCCAGGAUUAAAUAUUUGGCCAAGAGAUAGAUCAAGUAAAAUUCCAGUCCAAGUUCCUAAUGGAUGUUUAUUAGUUCAAGCGGGUAAACAACUUGAAUGGGUAACAGCAGGAGAAAUUUUGGCAGGGUAUCAUGAAGUAAUUGUUACAGAAGCUACACUUAAAGCAAUUGAAGAAGCUAAGAGGAAUAAACCAGAUAGACCUUUGUGGAGAGUUUCAUCAACUUUCUUUUUUCAUAUUGCUAGUGAUAAUAAGUUAAAAACUUUAGAACCAUUUAAACCUAAUUCCGAAGUUUAUCCUGCCAUUUAUGCGGGGGAUCAAGUUAGAAAUGAAUAUGAAUUUAUUGACUUAAUGAAGUAA